UUCGCCGCUGCUGCCGCGAUCCCAAUUUAACGGCUCUAGUAUUGAAAAACUAAAUGAAGGCAAACUCGAGGAAUGGCUUCGAUCCACCGCCACUCUAUCUUUUUCUCACGUCAAAAAAAAAAGAGUAAGCGACAA